UACAAUAAUAAUGAUAAUGAACUUUGUUAGACUUAGUGACAGUAGGGCUAAGUAAACAAAGAUAGUAAAUAGUUUUAACAGGGAAACUAUUGAUCGUUUGACUGUUAAUGGUUUAAAUAUUCAUCAAAAGAUAGAUACGGAAAUGAUAAUUGGGAGAGGCGCAGCAUGAUAAGAUAAAAUGUAUAAAUUGCUAUCAAAUGUAAUCAAUAGAAUGAUAGAAACAGAUAUAAAUCCUGUGCUUCCACCGUCUAACAUAGAGUCGUAGAUUAUACAGUGUUCGUCUGCUCAACAGUACUGGUGUUAACGAAAACACGUUUCUUACGUGCAAUCUUAGGUUUAGUAAGACGUUUGUUACAAGGGAUUUGUAUUUCCAGGGCCAAUGUUGAUCGCAUAUGUGAUCUGAUGGAUAUAUAUCCAUCAGAUUUCUUUUAGUUUGUGCGGAGUUAUCGAUAUAUGAACAGACUAAUUGAUUAAUAAAUUCAAAUGAACGGUACUACUCAGCCUGACUUUAAAGAAUUCAUCAAAUUACACGAUGAUCAACUAAGAGCAAGUAGAAUUCCUGCUCACUUUUGGCGUAGACUACACGAGAAACUUUUACAUGAGAUAUAUGAUGCUAACACAAGUGUUAUGAUGCAACAGAUUGAAUAUACAAAUGACGACGAAGGUGAUAAUGAAAUUGGAAGCGAAGAGUUGACUGUUAAUCGUGACUGGGAUAUUUUAGUUUGUAGUGAUCAACUUUUAGUAUCAGAUAGUAAUAAUAUAUUUCUCGUUGAUCAUGCGUGGACUUUUGAUGUACAAUCUAUGAAAGAGUGCUUACUUCAACUUCCUAGUCUCUUAGAACGAAUGGCUUCAUUAAUGAAUAUAAAUACUUUAAAUCAACUAAAUGAGGAUAUCGCUUCAAAUAUUUGUAAAAAUGUAUGGAAAUAUUGUCGAUAUUACAAAUUAUCAACACAGGAGAAUAUGUCAUUGUUAUCACAAGUACCUGAGUUACAACAAAUAAUGUGGUAUGUAUUGGAUGAAGUUGGAUCACGUAUUCAACAUUCUGAUGAGCCUACAGCUCGUAUGGUACCAUUUUACUAUGUACCACGUAACUUAUGUUACUCUGUGUUCUGGCCUAUUAAAGAUUUACAAAAAAAUGAUAGUAUUACAAUUGAUUAUGUAGAACAUGUAAAAAAUCCUGAAUUACGAUCUUAUUAUUUAUUACCAUGGGAAUCAGAAGAUUUUUCCAAUGAACCUAUUGAACAUACAUACAUUUUUACAGAUGAAUAUUUUACAUCUCAUCGAGUACAGGAAACAUUACCAAUAUGUCAAAUGAAUGAACCAAUUCAACGAGAAUAUUUUACUGUUUAUACGGAUUGGAAUCAAGUUAAACAAUAUUUAACUCAUUCACAAUUUACUUUUGUUGAUUCACCAGAUAAAGCUGAUAUUAUUUGGAUGUAUACACAUUUCAAGGAUUUUGAACGAUUAUCUGUAGACAGUCCAAAUACGUAUAUUAAUCAGUUCCCUGGUGAGCACGUCAUCACUGUUAAGGAUUAUCUAGCUAGUUUAGCGGCAAGUUUAGCUAAGGAAACCUAUUUACAACAAUCAAACGAUUUAAUGCAUGGUAAUGAUGAUACUGAUGCAAAACUCUCAACCAAUUGGUAUCCAGUUACAUUUAACUUAGUGUAUGAACUUCCACAAUUUUGUGCUUAUUUCCAAUCGAAUUAUAAUAAAAUCAUUAGUACUAAUGAUGAAGGUGGAAGAAAUGAUAAACAUAAUAUAUGGAUAUUGAAGCCUUGGAAUCUUGGUCGAGGUGUGGGAAUUGUGAUUACUGACAAUUUGGAUAGAAUAAUAAAAACUUGUGAUGUUAAUCCAAUGAUCGCUAGUCGAUAUAUCACAGAUCCUGUUUUAUUUUAUCGUAACGACUUACAAGCUAAUGUGAAAUUUGAUAUACGCUAUGUGGUAUUAUUACGUUCUGUCAAACCGUUAAUUCUGUACACAUAUAAAGUAUUUUGGCUUCGAUUUGCAAAUAAACCAUUUAUUUUAGACGAUUUCGACUCAUAUGAUCGACAUUUCACAGUUAUGAAUUAUCGUUCAGCUGACAGUUUGAAACAAAUACAUUGCGAUGAAUUUGUUGAAUUGUUCGAUAAACAAUAUCCAGAUCACAAAUGGUCAACAAUUGAGCUAAAAAUACAUCGACUUCUAGUUGAAAUUUUUCAAGCAGCCACAAAAUAUCCACCACCACGUGGUCUAACUCAUAAUGUCCAAUCUCGAGCAUUAUAUGCUGUUGAUAUACUAUUGGAAUGGCGUUCAAAUGGAUCUAAUCAAAAAGAUAUAUAUCCUGUAGUAUGUGAAGUGAAUUUUUCACCAGAUUGUGAAAGAGCAUGUCUUUAUCAUUCGAACUUUUUCAAUGAUGUAUUUUCAUGCCUAUUCCUAGAUCAAUCAUCUGAUUUAUGUAACACACACAAACUGACAUAA